AUGGCAUUGACUGUGUCAAGAUUACUCUUUAUGCGCAAGAAAGAACUUGACAAAUUAUCUAAUAAGUUUGAUGAGAAUGUCUUCGACGCCACAAAGAAAUUCGAAAAGUUGAUUACCAAUAAGAAGGAAAUUGAAGGAUUGCCGGCUACAGCUCUUGGUUUGGCUGCACAAACAGCAGUGUCUAAGGGGCAUGAAAAUGCAACUCUAGAAAAUGGACCCUGGAUGAUCACCCUGGAUGCUCCAAGCUUUAACUCUAUUGUGCGACAUGCUCAAAACAGAGCCUUACGUGAGGAAAUUUACCAUGCUUAUGUUACUCGGGCCUCCAGCGGAGAUACGAACAACAGUUUAAUUAUCGACCAGAUUUUGAAGCUUAGAUUGGAGCAAGCUAAGCUUUUAGGUUAUAAUAAUUAUGCUGAGGUUAGCAUGGCAAUGAAAAUGGCUACCGUUGAUAAAGCGGAAGAGCUCCUAGAAAAACUUAGGAGUGCUUCAUGGGAUGCUGCGGUUCAAGACAUGGAGGACCUAAAACAUUUCGCCAAGAGUCAAGGGGCAAAAGAAUAUGAUGAUUUGAGGCCUUGGGACAUUGCCUUCUGGAGCGGGAGGCUGCGUGAAUCAAAAUAUGACAUCAGUGUGGAAGAACUACGCCCGUAUUUCUCAUUGCCAAAUGUAAUGGAGGGCCUUUUCAACCUUGCUAGGACACUUUUUGAAAUUGAGAUUGAGGCUGCAGAUGGACUAGCACCGGUCUGGAACAGUGAUGUUAGAUUCUACUGUGUAAAAGAUUCUUCAGGAAAUCCAAUUGCAUACUUCUAUUUUGAUCCCUAUUCACGACCAUCUGAGAAAAGAGGAGGUGCAUGGAUGGAUGGGGUUGUCGGUCGAAGCCGUGUGAUGUCUCGAGAUGGUGCUAGUGCAAGAUUGCCAAUUGCUCACAUAGUGUGCAAUCAAACACCGCCUGUGGGGAACAAACCAAGUCUUAUGACAUUCCGAGAAGUGGAAACUGUUUUUCAUGAAUUUGGUCAUGCACUUCAACACAUGCUAACCAAACAGGACGAAAGCCUUGUUGCUGGCAUUAGAGGAAUAGAGACGGAUGCUACAGAAUUGCCUUCUAAGUUUAUGGAGAACUGGUGUUACCACAGGCAAGUUUGUCUAGAACUCUUUCUGAUAGAGCUUUAGAACAAAUUGAUGUGC